UCACGUCAAUGGUGGGGCCGUCAAACGAAACAUGGCGUCCGUUAGGUUAUUGCUAUGAGUGCUGCUUCGUUUUCUAUCAUUAAAUGUGGAAUCAUCGUGCGUUUUGUGGGCUGACGCGAAGCGUCGUGUCCUCGGGGAGGCAAACACGUCGCUUUCAAUCCUAUAUGUCUCAUAUACAUUAUUCCUAGUGCCGAUUCAAUGAAAAGAAUCGGCCUCAUCAACAGUGGCUUGUGGGUAUACACACCCCGACGCGAGACUCCAAGUGAUUUUAUGGCAUAUCGAGCUUUUUUCUACUCUUCUGAGAUUUUUUCUUUAGCGCUUCAAAUAGGAAUAUGGUCGAUAAAAAAUUAUAAGAUAUUUGCCGCUUUAUUGCCGGACUCACGGAAUCAAAAUGCCGGUCAUCAUUAAAGUGUUUUUAUGCAAGGGGUGUUAGUGGUGGUAAUGAUCACCUCUUCUCACCCCACAUUUUUGUCGUAAAAUUUGUGCAUAUAAUUAAAUUAUUGUCAAAGUAUUCAAUAAUUGGUUUAAAUUCGUGUAUUAACUAUAUUUUUAAAAAAAACAUGUAUAAAAUGAACGUGAAAUGUGUAAAAUGUGUGGUGUUGAAAAAAUAAUACAAAGUGGAUAUUAGAUUUUCAUCAUUUCUUAUACAUGCUUUUUUAGCUUUUUUAUGUUGAACUAAUAUUCAAAGUGUUUUAUGUUAUUUGUGAUUUUUAUUGAUAAAAUAUUACAUUAAGAUUAUAAAACAAGAAGAUAUUUAAUUUCCAAAAAGGAAAAGAUUAAGAAGAGUGUGAAGCCAUAUGCCGCCAGCCGGGCUAUCGGCAAGAGGCUUGUCUACCUUGAUGGACCACGGACAACCAGAUGCUCGUCAUCGGAGCGAGCGAUUUUUAUUUCAUUCAGAGAAUGGAUCCUCUAAUUCUCAUAGUCCUAAUACAACCAACUCAUCUCCACGAUAUCAACAUAAUAAUAGAACAAAUAAUCAUUCCACAAGUUACGGAUACUUGUAUGGGCAUACAUCUAGUAACAAUAUGUCUGAUAGUAGUGUUUCUGAUACACAUAGUGGUGGUACAGCAAGAACUGUUUCUCAACAGACUAGUCCAUCUCAUGGUACACAUUCCUCUUCUCAAUCACGACAAGACAAUAGUUCAACAAUUUUCACAGCAUUAUUUGAUUAUGUUGCCCAAGGUGAAGAUGAAUUAUCUUUACAAAGAGGUGAAACAGUUGAGGUCUUAUCUAAGGAUUCAAAAAUCUCAGGUGAUGAAGGAUGGUGGACUGGUAAAAUCCAUGGAAAAGUUGGUAUUUUUCCAGCCAAUUUUGUUGCAGAAGCAGAAAGUAUCGAUCAAGUCUCAUCGGUAAUUGAUAAAGUUCAACCAGUUGAAAUUGAUUUUGAAGAAUUACAGUUAGAAGAAGUGAUUGGAGUUGGUGGAUUUGGAAAAGUUUAUAGAGGAUUUUGGCAAAAACAUGAAGUGGCUGUGAAAGCAGCCCGUCAAGAUCCAGAUGAAGAACCAAGUGUUACAUUAGAAAAUGUUCGACAAGAAGCUAAGUUAUUUUGGUUAUUGAAACAUGAAAAUAUUGUGCAAUUAGAAGGAGUUUGUUUAAAAAUGCCAAAUAUGUGUCUCGUAAUGGAAUAUGCACGAGGUGGUAGUUUGAACAGGGUUCUUAGUGGUAGGAAAAUCAGGCCUGAUGUACUUGUUGAUUGGGCAAUACAAAUUGCUCGUGGCAUGGAUUAUCUUCACAAUAAAGCACCUAUAAGUCUUAUUCAUAGGGAUUUAAAGAGUUCCAAUGUGUUAUUGAGUGAGCCUAUAGAAAAUGAUGAUCUACAAUAUAAAACUUUAAAAAUAACAGACUUUGGACUAGCAAGAGAAGUUUAUAAAACAACUCGCAUGUCAGCGGCGGGCACAUAUGCUUGGAUGGCACCAGAAGUUAUUAAAAAGAGUACUUUCAGUAAAGCCAGUGAUGUUUGGAGUUAUGGAGUACUUUUAUGGGAACUUUUAACUGGUGAAACACCUUAUAAAGGAAUAGAUGCUUUAGCAGUAGCAUAUGGAGUUGCAGUAAAUAAACUUACAUUGCCCAUUCCAUCAACUUGUCCUCAACCUUGGAGAUUUUUAAUGGAAGCUUGUUGGGCAUCUGAUAGUCAUUCAAGACCAGGAUUUGCAGAAAUUUUAGUAGCAUUAGAUGAAGUACGUAGUGCAUUUGCAGCAACACCACAUGAAUCAUUUCAUACAAUGCAAGAAGAUUGGAGGCUUGAAAUUGAACAAGUUCUUCAUGGAUUGCGCAUGAAGGAAAAGGCAUGCCGUUCAUUAGAAGAGGAACUGCGCUGUAGAGAAGAAGAAUUGACAAAAGCACAAGUUCAGCAACGACAACAUGAAGAAAACUUAAGGCAGCGAGAACAAGAAUUAGCUGCCCGAGAAAUAGAUUUAUUAGAGCGUGAACUUACUGUAAUGAUAAUUCAACAACAAAAUACUCCUACACCAAACAAAAGACGUGGAAAAUUCAAAAAAUCAAGAUUAAAAUUAAAUAAAAAAGAACCAGGAAGUAAUAUAAGCGCUCCUUCCGAUUUUCGUCAUACAAUAACUGUUCAACAUACAGCAUUAGAUCGAGGAAAGGUUCGAAAUCCAUCAAGACCUAAUAGCCCACCAGGCUCACCUAGUAUUCCAAGACUUCGUGCAAUUGCAUUACCAGCAGAUGGAGUAAAGGGUAAGACUUGGGGGCCAUCAACACUUCACCAACGCGAACGUGGGGCUAUUAUCACGCAACCACCAAAUCCCGCAUCUCCAGGUGGCAAGCGAUGGUCUCGUUCUGCUCCAGAUCUAGAAAAGACACCCCUACGUACCGCUCUGUUGGCACAUCGUUCCCCGCUUCUUCAAGAAAUAGGCCUUUCAGAGGAAAGCAUCUAUCCCACUCACUAUACAACUUUACCACCUGAUCUCUCAUCUGAUUGGAUAACAUCAGAUUAUCCUUUGAAGCCUGGAUUAACUGGACCUUACAUUAUGCCAAUGCCUGUACCAAUGCCAACUCUUUACAAUGGAGAAAUGAAGAAGCCAAAGUUAAGUGUAAUAGAAUUGGUUUUAUAUAAUAUCGCAGCUAUGUUAGCUGGAGUAGCUACUGGAUAUGAUGUAAGAAUGUCAAACAUAUCUCCAAUUCAUCCAAGAUUAUAUCCACGACUUGGUGAAUGUGAAGAUGAACCUCCACGAUGGUGGUUUCAAACAGAUACUGGAUCAAAUCGUAAUUCCAGUUAUCUUGGACCUGAUUAUGAAUUUAGUUCAAGUAGUGGUUAUCCUCAUAAUACAUACCAUGGACCAGCUAGGCAUUACAGACCAUUUUUAAGCAACAUGGGUGGUAUAGCACCUGGUCUUCCACCUAGUGUGAUACCUGAUAAACCUCUAAGAUUUACUGAUUCACCACAACAUUAUGCAAGCAAUACAAGUUCUAAUGCACCAACACCAAGCCCUAGAAGAAAAAGUAGCAGCACUAGUAAUGAAGAUAUAUAUAUACAUGAUACUGGAAGGGUUGAUCGAAUUGAAAGAGUACCAACAAUAUAUAUGGGCAAUGUUGCUCCCUUUCCAGAUUAUGGACCUCCAGUAUAUACAGUUGUUCCACCAGAAUAUUAUAGAUCACCAGAACCAACAUAUUUUGUACCUACAGAUUAUCAUGAUAGAAUGCUUGAGUGUUCUGAAUUUCCACAUGCUUAUGAUAAUCCAAGCAGCAUAAAUAGUCCAGCUCGACCAAUGUCAAGACUUCCUUCAUAUACUCAUCAUCGUACCUCAUCAAAUGUAUCAAACGCGAGUACAUCGAGUCAAAGUAACAUUAAUCCAACAUUUCGUUUAGAAGAUGAGGAUGAUUAUUCUUUAUAUUCACCUGGACAUUAUUAUCAACGAUCUUCAAAUAUUGUUUCAAAUGUUGGAACAUAUAGUCCUAGUAUACUUAAUCAUGAAUAUGGUUCUCAACUGUUGACGCGUCAGAAUUCACACGAUUCGAAUUCAAAUUCUGGAGAAAGACCCAGUAAUUUAGAAGUAGUUAGUCGAUUACGGUCAAGUUUAAAACGAUCCAAUUACUCGUAUAAUUCACCAAAUAAAAGCGUAAGUAAAAAUAAUUCAGGUUCGGGUACUCCAACAAAUCCUACUCCACCAGAUUCUCUAACUUCAGAGGAUUCAAGUUAUGUUUCAGCUAAGGAUAGUCAAAUUUCUAUAAGUAGAGUUCGAUUUUCUCCAAUAACAUUUGAUCGAGAUGGAGUGAACAUUUCGCGUGAACAUAGAGAAACAUUACUUGAUAUUCCUGUACAUGGACAAAAUCAAGAUGUUACCGUGCCGUUACAAGCUAAUCGACGGAUAAAUAGAAAUAGAAAACCAAGUAUAUCUGAAUUAGAGAGAGAGUUUUUAUCAUAGCAUUGGCUUAUUUAAAAUGACAGAUAAUUAGGAAUUCAAAAAGUUUUGUCAAUCUUGAAAGUAACACUCAAUUUACAAUCACAUGAAUCAAACAAUUUAUGGUAUGGCAGAAAUUUAUUAAAUCAUAAUUAGAAAAUACAGCGAUGCACGUUGUCAAAGCACUGCCUCCUGCAAAACAUUUUAUCAUAUAUUAAUAUUGAACAUCAAAUGCAGUAAGAAUAUAACAUUCCAUAUACUGAGACAUUCUUAUAAAAGACUCUUGUAUUUAAUUAGACUGUUUUUAAUUUAAUAAAGAACUGACAUGUCUCAUGUAUAUUUUGUAGAAAUAAUAUAAAUAUCAAAAUAAUUCUUGUAUUGACCAUUCAAUACUACACAAUAU